AAAAAAACAUGUCGGGUACCAUUGGACAGAAGAAGGGUCCCAGGAGGCAGCGCAAGUGUGGCUUCUGCCGGUCCAACAAAGAAGAUGAAUGUGGGCAGCUGUUGCUCUCUGAAAACCAGAAGGUGGCAGCCCAUCAUAAAUGUAUGCUUUUCUCAUCUGCUCUGGUGUCUUCACACACCGAUAACGAGAGCCUUGGAGGUUUUUCCAUUGAAGAUGUACAGAAAGAAAUAAAAAGAGGCACAAAACUGAAGUGCUCCCUAUGCCAUUGUCCAGGGGCAACCAUUGGCUGUGAUGUAAAAACCUGCCACAAGACGUAUCACUAUUAUUGUGCAUUGCAUGAUCAAGCACAAAUCCGAGAGAAACCUUCGCAAGGCAUAUAUAUGAUAUUAUGUCGAAAACACAAGAAAGUACCACACAAUUCUGAAGCAGAUUUAGAAGAAGGUCUAAAUGAUCGUGAGCUGGAUCCGUCUCCUCCCAAAAAGAGGGGUCGCAAAGGAAGGCCCAGAAAGACGAGCCUUAAAGGGCAGUCGGAAGAUGCUCGGUCAACGUCUUCGCACGGCACAGAUGAUGUAGAAAGCAGUUCUUAUAGAGACAGAUCACCCUACAGAAGCAGCCCCAAUGAUACAAAACCUAAAUGUGGAUUCUGUCAUGCAGGUGAAGAAGAAAAUGAAGCUAGAGGGAAGCUUCAUAUAUUCAAUGCCAAAAAGGCAGCAGCACAUUACAAGUGCAUGCUGUUCUCUUCUGGUACUGUGCAACUGACAACAACUUCCCGGGCAGAGUUUGGUGAUUUUGAUAUUAAAACUGUACUUCAAGAAAUCAAACGCGGAAAGAGAAUGAAAUGUACCCUCUGUAGUCAGUCUGGCGCUACGAUUGGAUGUGAAAUUAAAGCUUGUAUCAAGACUUACCAUUACCAUUGUGGAGUGCAGGACAAAGCAAAAUACAUUGAAAACAUGUCACGGGGCAUUUACAAGCUUUAUUGUAAAAACCAUAGUGGAAAUGAUGAACGAGAUGAAGAGGAUGAGGAGCGAGAAAGUAAAAGCCGGGCAAAGUCGGUAGCUGAUCACAGUGCAAUUCCACAGCAGCAGCAGCAGCUCAAUGGAAAUUAGGUAUGAAGUCGUCACCUGCCAGUCCUCCUCCUGAGAUACCACUGUACAAUUGAUGUAGUUGUUGUUAGUGGUAAGACAUUUUAAGCUGAGCAUAUGCCAAUACGUGGUUUUUGUUUAUUUUUAUUUUUUUUUAAAAAAAACUGGAGCCCCAUGGCACAAAAACUGGGGAGAUUUCUCAAAUUCAUCUAACUCUAAAGAAGACUCCACUCAUCGGUCAAUAAAUAUUGCUGUUAUGUUCGAUUGGUAACAUGCUUUUAU